AGGUCAUUCAAAAGUGUGAUUGGAAGCAAUGGACGAGCAAUCCCAAGGAAUGCCGGGCCCUCCUGUUCCUCAAUUUCAGCCACAGAAAGCCUUGCGACCUGACAUGGGCUACAAUACUUUAGCCAACUUCCGAAUAGAGAAGAAGAUCGGCCGUGGACAGUUCAGUGAAGUGUACAGAGCCACAUGCUUGUUGGACGGUGUGCCAGUAGCCUUAAAAAAGGUGCAGAUAUUUGAUUUAAUGGAUGCCAAGGCCCGUGCCGACUGCAUCAAAGAAAUAGAUCUUCUUAAGCAAUUGAAUCAUCCAAAUGUAAUUAAAUACUAUGCCUCGUUUAGUGAAGACAAUGAAUUAAAUAUAGUGCUGGAAUUAGCAGAUGCUGGUGAUCUUUCUAGAAUGAUCAAGCAUUUUAAGAAACAGAAGCGACUGAUUCCUGAAAGGACCGUUUGGAAGUAUUUUGUUCAGCUGUGCAGCGCCUUAGAGCAUAUGCAUUCGCGGCGUGUCAUGCAUCGAGACAUCAAGCCUGCAAAUGUGUUUAUUACAGCUACAGGAGUAGUAAAACUUGGAGACCUUGGACUGGGAAGAUUUUUUAGCUCCAAAACCACAGCUGCACAUUCUUUAGUGGGAACACCUUAUUACAUGUCUCCAGAGAGAAUCCAUGAAAAUGGAUACAACUUCAAAUCUGACAUCUGGUCUCUAGGAUGUCUGUUGUACGAGAUGGCUGCAUUGCAAAGUCCAUUCUAUGGUGACAAAAUGAACUUGUACUCUUUAUGUAAAAAGAUAGAACAAUGCGACUAUCCACCCCUUCCAUCAGAUCACUAUUCGGAAGAACUGCGGCAAUUAGUUAACAUGUGCAUUAACCCCGAUCCAGAGAAGCGACCAGACGUAACCUACGUUUACGAUGUAGCAAAACGUAUGCACGCGCUCACUGCAAGCAGCUAAAAGACUCGAGUUCUGAAGAGGAUAAACUAACCUUGAAAUUUCCAAGUAUUAUUGCAGAAACUGUCUUCCACCUUGACUUCCAACUGUUGCCUAAAGUUUAGUUAUUUGCAAUUCGCAC